AUGACUGACAGCUACGUCGAAAUCGGAUCACCCAAGCCGAUCACGGCAUUCGACGACGCCACCAAAUUGGCUGCUCGUCUCAUUAAACCCAAGCCGAUCCUGUACACGAGCAUGUUCCUAUUAUGGCUGCAGCCCUUCCAGAGCGGGUGGUCCACGGCCCAAAUGAACCUGUCGCAAUACAACGACACGGACGAGUGCAAUGCACGUCCGACAGCCGAAGAUACUUGUCUGAUGUUCCCAGGACACUCGAAACUCCAAUGGACGUUCGCCGUGAACGCCUGGAUCUUCGGUGCCAUGAUCGGAUCUCUAAGCUGCGGCCACUUCAGUGACAAGUACGGACGGAAGAAAACGUUAAUGGGAAAUUGCAGCUUCAUGAUUCUCGGUGGGGUAGUACAAGCUUCCGUGUCGAAUAUUUGGGCGUUUGCUGUUGGUCGCUUAAUCUCCGGGUUGGCGUCCGGUACUGCAACGGGAACGAUCGGUGCCUAUGUAAACGAACUGUCGCCUCCACAUAUGCGCAACACUUUGGGUCUGGGACUGCAGAUCUUCACGACGUUAGGGAUUCUAGUCCCUGCGAUCUGCUUCUUCUUCGCCAACACGAGUAGCGGUUGGCGCUAUUUGGCUGCGUUCCCGUGUAUUCUAGCUGUCAUUUACCUGGUGUUGGCACCGUCGAUGACCAUUGAAAGUCCUGCGUGGCUACUAACUCAAGGCCGAACGGAUGAAGCCAAGCAAGUGAUCGCGAACUUGUAUGGCGAGGAGCAUGUGAGCACUGCCAUGUCGUGGCUGGAAGUGAGCAAGCCACACGUUGAGGACGAUUCCAGCUCUUCUAGAGACUCGAUGUUUGCUCCACGCUACCGCAUGCAGUUAUUCGGUGGUCUAUUGUUGUCCUGUGCACAACAAUUAUCCGGUAUCAACGCCGUAUUUUACUAUUCCGGUAGUAUUUUCUCGGAUGCUGGGAUCUCGGACUCACGGAUUGGCACACUUAUUAUCAACUUUAUCAAUAUCUGGCCAGCAUUCUUCACGGGGGUAGUGGCUAAUCGCUUUGGAGCUCGUAACAUGAUCCUUUGGGGGCUGGCGGGAAUGAUUGUUAUGGCUGUGGGCAUGACGGUGGCUUUCGUGGUUGAGCUACCUGCUUUAUCGAUCGUGUUCACUGCGUUGUACGUGAUUGCGUUCGGAGUGACGCUUGGUCCGCUGGUGUGGGUGAUGACUGCGGAUAUAUUCCCAGAUUCGAUCCGAGCGAGCGCGUCAUCGCUGUGUAUUGGCGUUAAUUGGCUGUGUAACUUGAUCGUGGGUGUGGCGUACCCGUACGUCUCGGAUGCACUUAAUGACUACGCGUACGUUCCAUUUGUAGCACUGCUGGUAGUUUUCUAUUUGCUGGCGCUGAAACUCGUACCAGAGACAUCGGGUAAGUCGGCGGAGGAAAUUCUGGCUGAAUACGACUCACGUUGUGGCAAGCACACAACUGCACUUGAUUAA